AUGAUCAGGUCUUCAGACGACUUGAACAGCAUCCGGGAAUCGAAACUGAAGUACGUCAACUGGACUGGGUACGCAGAAAAGCAUAUCUCAUCACGGGAUUGCUUGUUACGGGAGGCUCUUGCAGUGGCCGGUCUCCCGGGAGUAGAUCUACCUCUGGAAGGACAGUACAAGAAUAGCCGGGAAACGGGCCGAGAAGGUCGUGUCGGGCUUACCGGGAUGCGCAUCUUUGCCGUGGAGUAUCGAAUUCUACGAAAGCGUCGUCUUCAUAACGGAGAACAGCUUUCCAACAAGCGCCUCCAAGGCGAGAGAGCUUUCGGUCAUUAUGAUGACGGUGAGGAACUUGAGAUGCUAUUGGAAGAGGAUGUUUUGUUGGAAGACGAGAUAGACGAUGGAGACGAAUCUGUUUUUGAAGUGUGA